AUGGAUCAAGGUGGCUACCACUUCAUUUUUCAGGUAAUGAAAUCCAUCAGACAAAUGGUCGGUAUUUUACUGUGGCCGGAAGUAAAACAAGCUCUUCAAGCAUACAAUGUUAUAUCUGAACGCAUCAAGACGGCAAGAUUAAUUUCAAAAUUCCGCAAAAUAUUCAAUGUACAAUGCUACGCGCCAAGCGAAUCCGAUGAUGACGAAACAAAGGAUCAAUUCUAUUCCCAACUCGACUCUGUGACACGCUCUCUACCAAAAGGAGACAUUAAACUUGUUAUGGGAGAUUUUAAUGCCAAGUCAACGUUACAGAUAACAAUUUGUAAUAAUUUAGAUUGUUACACGGAAAUGAUUGGCGAAUGCCAGUGA